CUGUAUCGUUUAAAUAUGAGCGAUCUUUAGGUACAAAAGCCUCGACAAAGAACUUUAUGAAUUUAGAGAGGUACACAUUAAUCUGUAAGACUUUACGGCCACAGGCAAGAAGUUGUCAAGUGGUUGGAUAUGAUGGGAGACAGCAAUCAAAGCGGCGUGAUCAACAGAUCCAUCACCGACCAGGAGCGCUUCAAAAGCUUGCAAGACAUCGAUGUGACUGCCGAUGGGAGCCCGGUGCUGCGGUUCCUAAUCUCCAUCACCUACUCUGUGGUUUGCGCCGUAGGUUUGAUCGGGAACCUUUUGGUAUUUUUCUUUAUUCGCGUUAAACAAGAGAGAUGCAAAUCCAAAAUCAACUUCUUCAUCCUCAAUAUGGCCGUGACGGACUUUCAGUUCGUGCUCACUUUGCCGUUCUGGGCCGUGGACACCGCGCUGGACUUCAGCUGGCCGUUUGGAGAUGCCAUGUGUAAGAUCGUACUUUCUGUGACUGUGAUGAACAUGUACGCCAGUGUCUUCUUUCUAACCGCAAUGAGCAUCACACGCUACUGGUCGGUGGCCUCUGCGCUCAAGGACAGCGCCAGACAAACCAGUUGCUCCAUCAAAUGGGUCGCUGUCAUCCUCUGGUCUCUGGCCAUCGUGGCUACCGCGCCAACAUCCAUCUUCUCAACAGUCACCAACGUGGCCGGCGAGAAACUUUGUUUAUUGAGAUUCCCCGACGGGCAGUAUUGGUUAGCAGUCUAUCAUUUGCAAAAGAUAUUGAUCGCGUUUAUCAUACCCAUGGCGAUAGUAUCAAUGAGUUACCUGAUGCUGCUGAGGCUCAUCCGACAGCGCAGCAUGAAGAACAAUUCAAAGCGAAGAACGCAAGUCACAAAGUCCGUCACCAUCGUGGUUUUGUCGUUUUUCCUCUGCUGGAUGCCCAAUCAUGCCAUUACGUUUUGGGGCGUGCUGGUCAAAUUCAAUGUAGUGCACUGGGAUAAGACUUAUUAUAUCGUUCACACCUAUGUGUUUCCGGUGACGGUGUGCUUAGCACACGCAAACAGUUGUUUAAACCCACUUAUUUACUGCCUCAUGCGCAGAGAGUUUAGGAAACAACUGAAGGAGCUGUUUCUGCGGGUCUGAGCGACGCGCGCGCGCUGUGCUGCAUUUGCUGCAAUUGACAUCAAAU